AUGUCUGCGGAUCAACAAAGAACAGCAACUGGAAAAAAAAUCUCAUCGAAAAAAAAAUCUUCCACUGCUGGUUAUUUCCGUGGUGCUGCGCCUCAAAGUGCUCAAUAUAAUCAUCGACGAUUUCGAAAUGAUCCGAAAAAGAAGCCAUCAACCAUUAUUGAUACUGAUGAAAUUCAAAAUGCAGGACAUAGUUGUGCUACUGUAUCAUCUGUUCUGAAACCUAUAUCAAGUCGAAAUGUAAAGGAAGAAGGUGUAAAACCUGUGAGAGUCAUAGUUCAACCAAAUAUAACAACAAUAAGUAGAAACGAUGUCGGAAAAAAGGAACAGUUGGAUAUCAGGAAUUCUGAAAUUAAUUAUUUUGGGCGAAGAUUUCAUGAUGCAAAGUUUGCAUACGAUGGCAGUUCUUAUUUCAUCGAAUUGGAAUACAAAAUAACAGAUCCUGAGUGGGUUUUCGAUGUAAAAGCUGUGAGAUUACGGCUUAGGAUUCCAGAGCAUUAUCCAUGUGAAUCGAUUAUGGUGACUUUAAGUGAAUCAACUUUACCUGUUCCACUUGUUUCAUGCUUCAACAAAGAAGUUAAAAAAUUUCUAGAGGAGAAGUUUAUGGAAGCAGAAAAAUGCAAUACUUAUGUUGGUCUCGGCAAAAUUUUCAUUCGCUGGUUGGAUCGUAAUAUCUUCAGACUUUUUGUCGAAGGUUUGAGAAAAACAAAAAUGAUCACUGAAGCUGAAAAGGAUGGCAUUAAGUUGCAUCAAGCGAGUUUUCCAAAUUUAAUCAACCAAAAGAAUAAUGAUAUCAAGACUAAUGAAAUGAAAGCAGUAGUUUGUGAUAAUGAUGAAAUAACGCAAGGAUAUAAUUAUGAUAGAGCAGGAAUUGUGCCUUCAUCCGAGGGAAAACUUAGCGCUGAAAAACCAUCGAAAUCGAAACCCAUUGAGGCUCGUGUUUUUUGGAACGACUUGAGUGGAAAUAUUGCUACAUUAUCUGUUAUCACUAUGGCUGUAAGCAUUCGGUGUGUAAAAUGUGGCGCGUUAUCUUUCCUGAUAUGUUCAGCGAAACAACUUUCUAUAUCACACUGCCAGAAGUGCUUAAAUGGCUCUUCAAUCUAUAUUUCUCCUCAGCUUGUCCAUCAAAAUUCAAAUGUUAUCGCAUUGCUUGAACCAAAAGGUUGUGUUCCAUUAGACUGUGUGAUACUUUCAUCAAAACUAUCUUAUACUUGCUUGCAGUGCUGUAAGGAGGCUACAGCUGAGAAUCUCACAUAUGGAGUAGCCAAUAAGAGUUGGUGUUAUGGCUGCCAUAGUAAAUGUGAGUUUGAAAUUAGAAAUAUUCGAUUUGUUGGUGAUUUUAAUUCGAUUGCGAAGGAAGAUAACUCUAUACCAAAAGACAAAGACGGCGGGAAGGAGUUCUUAUGUAUCCUAACAUCUAUGUGA